UCGCGCGCGCGAGCGAAUCCCUCGUCUUCGCGUCCACGAGCGAAGCGAAACGCCGCGCGUGAACGUUCGCGCGCGCGCGGUCGCGAAUCGGUCGACGACCGCGCGCGAUCGCCGCUCGUGGACGCGCGCGAUCGCGGAGACGUCAAUCGUUGAAUCGCAUUCGACGUUCUCGCGCGCGCGGCGCUGAAAUCGCGCUGACGUCGAGCGAAAUCGCGCGCGAUGUACGGUGGCGAUGAAGUGAGCGCGGUGGUGAUCGAUCUCGGGACGCACAGCGUCAAGGCGGGGUACGCGGGACAGGACACGCCGCAGCACGUGUUUCCGAGCGCCGUCGGCGAGUGCGCGAAGGGCGGGGACGCGGACAUGACGGCGGAGGGUGAGAACGCGUCUGCGAGACAUUUUGAGGUGGAUAACAUGGGAAUUAGACGAGACGGGAUGGAGGUGACGUCACCGUACGGAGAGAAUGGGAUGCUGGAGGAUUGGGAGGCGGUGGAGGCGAUUUGGGAGCACGCGUUGAAGAAGCGGUUGGCGUUGCAAACGGAUGAGCAUCCAGUGCUGCUCAGCGAACCCGUGCACAACUCGGAUGCGGUACGCGCGAAGAUGGUGGAGCUGAUGUUUGAAAAGCACGCGCCGCCGGCGCUGUUUUUGGCGAAGAGUCCUGUGUUGAGCUCGUUCGCCGUCGGGAAAGCGUCGAGCUUGGUGAUCGACAUGGGCGGUAAGCACACGACGGUCUCGGCCAUUCACGACGGCUUUGCGCUUCAAAAGUCCGUCGUGCGCUCACCUCUCGGUGGCGAAGCUCUGACGGAUGUGGUUUUGAAGUAUUUAGAGAAGAAAAAGGUUGACGUUCGCCCGCGGUACGCGUUUACGAAGAAGCAGAAGGGCGACGGCGAUUUCGACGUCAAGGCGGUGAAUCAUCCCAAGACGACGGCAUCGUAUGCGCUGUUCAAACGUCGUGAGAUCAUAGAAGAUCUUAAAGCGACCGUUUGCACGCUGGACGAUCACACGUUUAACUCGGACGAGCACAAGAAUGUGGCGGGCGUGACGUACGAGUUGCCGGAUGGGAACACCAUCGAGGUCGGCGUCGAACGAUUCCAGAUCCCGGAGUUGUUCUUCCAGCCCGAGAUAUUGCGGGAACUCAAUGUGGACGUCCCCGAACUCGGUGAGCUCAAGUCUUUGAAGAGCAUCCAAGAACUGGUUUUGGAGUGCAUCAACAACGCGGACGUCGACGUGCGAAAAGACUUGUGGGGCAGCUUGGUUUUGUGUGGCGGUAGUAGUAUGUUCGCUAACAUGCGUGAGCGAUUGGAAGCGGCAUUGUUCGAUCACGCGCCGCAAAACGUAAAGACUAAGGUCGUAGCGAGCAUGAACAGCGUCGAGCGUCGCUUCGCGACGUGGAUCGGGGGUUCUAUUCUCGCUUCUUUAGGCUCGUUCCAGCAGCUCUGGAUGAGUAAGCAAGAGUACGAGGAGCAUGGCGCGAACUUGGUUCAGCGCAAGUGUCCGUAGUCUCGAGUGAAAUAGCCUUUAAUAAUCGAGUGUCGAGUGUGA